UGAAAGAGCGGGGGUAAACUGGGAGCUGUAGCCUGAGGAUAACACAAAACUUUUUGAACUAUUUGGAACAGAUGUAUAUGAAUUACGUAUGGACGUUUGGGUUUUCUUGGGUUUUCUUUUACACUCUGGUGUACUGUUAAUUACUUUGUCUUAACGUACUUCAAGUUUUAAAGAUUACUAGCUAACAAUGCUAAUGAAACUCACGUAACUUAGCCAGCUAGGAUAGCUAACGUUACUUUUUAGGUGAGCAUUCAUACAAGUCAAACUGCUAGCCAAGUGUUACAUGUAGCUCGGAGGUUUGCGACCAAACUCAUACAACUAACGUUAGUUUGAAUGACAAUAGCUCAUUAACAGCCUGCGGUUAAAUAUUCUCUGUCGUUGCUUAUUUUGUGGUUGCUCUAAGUGCGUUUGCGAAUGGCUUAUACAUUGCCCAUUCUCCCACGUUAGAGAAUUGCGUUAGGUGCCAACGCCUUUUUUGUUAAGUCCUGGUUUUCUUUGUUGCGCUCUGUAAGUUGUUGAAGUUUGACGACAAACGCCAAAACUGUAGAAGCCUUUGUUUACCCGAAGUAUUUACUCAAUUGCCCGGUUCCAACAAAUAGUUUUAUAGACUGGUUUUGAAAAUGGGUUGCACACUAAGCGCCGAAGAUAAAGCGGCCGCGGACAGGAGUAGAAUGAUAGACCGCAAUCUCCGGGAGGAUGAGAAGAAAGCAUCCAGAGAAGUCAAACUGCUUCUUCUCGGUGCUGGAGAGUCGGGGAAGAGCACAAUAGUGAAACAGAUGAAGAUUAUUCAUGAAGACGGUUACUCAGAGGACGAGUGUAAGCAGUACAAGGUGGUUGUGUACAGCAAUACCAUCCAGUCCAUCAUCGCCAUCAUCAGGGCCAUGGGACGGCUGAAGAUUGACUUUGGAGAUCCCGCUAGAGCGGACGAUGCCAGGCAGCUGUUUGUGUUAGCCGGCUCCGCCGAGGAGGGGGUGAUGACUGCAGAGCUGGCCGGUGUCAUCCGCAGGCUGUGGAAGGACGACGGCGUCCAGAACUGCUUCGGCCGUUCCAGAGAGUACCAGCUCAACGACUCUGCUUCCUAUUACCUGAAUGACCUGGACAGGAUAUCUCAGCAGAAUUACAUUCCUACCCAGCAAGAUGUGUUGAGGACUCGAGUGAAGACCACCGGCAUCGUGGAGACGCACUUCACUUUCAAGGAGCUGUACUUCAAGAUGUUUGAUGUGGGCGGCCAGCGCUCGGAGCGGAAGAAGUGGAUCCACUGCUUCGAGGGCGUCACCGCUAUCAUCUUCUGUGUUGCACUCAGCGACUAUGACCUAGUCCUGGCCGAGGAUGAGGAGAUGAAUCGUAUGCAUGAAAGCAUGAAGCUUUUUGACAGCAUCUGCAACAACAAGUGGUUUACAGAGACCUCAAUCAUCCUCUUCCUCAACAAGAAGGACCUGUUUGAGGAGAAAAUCGCGAAGAGUCCUCUAACCAUCUGCUACCCUGAGUAUUCUGGCUCCAACACAUAUGAGGAGGCUGCAGCAUACAUCCAGUGCCAGUUUGAGGACCUGAACCGGAGGAAAGACACUAAAGAAAUCUACACGCAUUUCACCUGUGCCACUGACACCAAGAACGUCCAGUUUGUGUUUGAUGCGGUCACAGAUGUCAUUAUUAAAAACAACCUGAAGGAAUGUGGUCUUUACUAAACCAGUGACAACUCAGUGGUUGGCACGACUGCAGCAUGGAGAAUGAGAUGGAUUUCAGCAGAGCUCUCUUCAAAGGACAGCCAAGUCUUUGCGAAGUGGAGUUAGGUAGAGACAGUUAUGAGACUGCACUCAGACACAGCUGUACAACUGAUUUUCAAGUGUGAGACUGCCUUUUGUACUCUCCUUCCACCUGUAGCAAUAUAAGUGUUCUUUUUUUAAAAAAAGAUUCCCUUUUUGUAUUUAUCGUGCCACCAAGCAUUUCAGAAAACAAAUAUGGAUGGAAUUUUGGUACUUGUCAUCAUUAGUUAAUUGUCACAUAGUCCUAUACUCUCUACAGAAUCAGGCUAUACUAUGCACGGGAUUGCUACAAAAGAAAUGGUUUCAUCUCAGUUUUCACAUUUUUUAGUUGUUUUAAUUAUGUUUUAGUCAAGUUGUUGAGGAAAUGCAUAACCUUUUUGACAUAAAUACCAUGCCUGUACAAUGCAGUCAGUGUAACUGUUACUUUUCACAAUGAUUCACAAUGUUCCACAUUUGAUAAAUUAUUAAUGAUUUUAAAAGUAAUUUUAUGGAAAAUUCAUCUGUCUCCUCCUGUGAGAUUGUGGGUAGAAUUGCUCUACCUUAUGAAAGGAUUAUGAAAUGUGAUGCCUGUUUUGUGCUGUUUUACUUGCAAAGUAGAUUUAAUAGCUUUGAUAAUCUACAGGGAUGAUACAGGUUCUGGAAUUUUCUUUAUUUCACUAACCAAAAAUGGACCAUUUUAUAUUAGACGAUAUUUUUUUGAUUGUGGGUAGCCACUACAGUUUCAUUUGUAUAGUGUGAAUUAUUACCAGUUCAAAGAGUCUUUGUGAUGGCCCUGCCACACAUGACUCCUCAGUUCUUACCACUCUUUGUAAUAACUUUUUUUUUUUUUAUGAAAGUAACCUUGACCUAGUCAUGUGGAAUUUCAAUGCUUGAUAUUUGUUGACUUUUAAAAGAGGGCCUUUCUUUCGUAGAUGUUCUUUCUUUAAUCCUGUGGAUUCAGUUGAUACAAAAAAAUAUAUCUGACCAAACAAGAUGGAAGUUGCAAUUAAACAUUAGUCUACAUGGGAAGAACUGUUACAUUGUUGAAUGCCCUUGAGCCCUCUAGCAUGCUUUGUUUCUUUGUACAGAUGUUCUGCCAGAUACCUAAUGACAGUUUGUGGGUGUGAGACUAGCCCGCUCCUCUAAAACAGCCUGAACAUUCCAGAGGGGAGUUCCAUGACCUGGCUGGUACUAUUUAACAUUGUCCAGAUAAAUCACUUUAUCUUAACAUUGUUAUAUAAUGCCACUAAGAAUUCAAUUUUGUUUAUUUUUUUAGCUUAAAAAUAUUAGAUUGAAGAGUGCUUUUAUUCCUUUUUGAGAAUUGACCACUAAUAUCUAUUAAAGCACUGCAUCACA